GGUGACUGAGGCAACGCCUCUACUCCCAGACAACCCACAACCCCAGUAUCACAGCCAACAGCAACAACAGCUCCAGGUGCAAGAUCAAGACAUAAUACAAGAAACUGAACUCGAGUACCAUCGGCUUUUGACCGAAGAGAGAAACCGGGAGAUAGAACAGGCGGCCGAAGGAAUCCAGGAAGUCAAUACGAUAUUCAAAGACUUGGGUGCAUUAAUCCAUCAACAGGGAGAACAACUAGAUUUAGUCGAAGACAACAUUGCUGACCUCCAACAAAACACCCAACAGGCAUCACACGAGCUCACAAAGGCUCACGAGUACCAGAAAAAGAAGGGGAAAUGGAGCUGCAUUCUUCUAGUUGCUCUUUGUAUAUUUGUAUUGGUGGUAGUUUUAGCGGUGGUGAGCUAGACCUUUUGAUUGUGAAUUUAUGAUUAUGAAUUGUUUUUAUUGCCCGAAUAUAUAACCGUAUACACUUUGAUCCAUACCCUUCCUUGACGUGUUUAUGGUAUUCAAUCGACCAAGUCGAUCUCCAAAUCGUGUUCCCAUUCCACGUCAGAAGCGUCUGGUGUGGUCAUUUCACUUUUAGAAAACAAGGUUUCCAAGUCAGUAGCAGACUCCGAGUCGUAGUCUUCAAGUUCGCCGUCACUAAGGUCCGCUGCAUACACUAUUCCUUGUUUGUGUUUUUCGAGGCUUUCUUUACAGAAAUCGGCUCCUCCCUGGAACAACUUCUCCCCAAACUCGAGUACUCUUUCCUUAUUAUUUACAAGGGCCACGGUACCACCAAGGAGAGCCCCGGCAGUUAUGGCCAUCUUUAUGGAGAAUGGAACUUCGUUCAUGUUAGUAUGGAGUUUAUUUAUUAAAACAUAAAAUGCACUGGUCACUUACUGAAGAAUGGCAUGAUGAGGAUUUUGAAUAUGGGGAAGGAAAUCGCGUUUUAAUCUAGAGCCAGUAGGAAAAACAUCUUGGAACCAGUACUGAGUCCCUCAUGUCUUCCAGAGAUAAAUCCAACUUACCGGUUGGCCAGCUUCUAUGUGGUGGGUUUGAAGGAACGGGAGUAACGUCACAGGCUUAUCAUUUGAUUGUGGAACACCGAGUGUCAACAAUUCUCAUGUCCAAAAAGAACUCCGUCAGUGUCAAACAAAUGACAAAAUUGAUCAGAGACUUACAAUACAUCGCUUACACCGAAGCAAACUACAAGUAUCCACUUUUGUUUGCCAUCGAUCAAGAAGGAGGCAUAAUCAAUCAGUUAUUUGAUCCAGAGUACUUGAGUCAGUUUCCCGGUGCAAUGGCCUUAUCAGCCAUAGGUGAUACAGAACUUGUUUAUCAAGUUCUGAAGGCUUUGGCCCUAGAAUUAAAGCAGAUCGGAUUUCUGAUCAUGCUUGGUCCUGUGAUCGAUGUGGUUACCAAGCUUUCACACCAGCUUCUAGGAGUUCGAAGUUUUGGUACCACGAUUGAAGAUGUGGUGAAAAAUGGAAGAGCCUGCGCACGAGGGUUUAGAGAUGGUGGAUUAUUUACCUUUGCUAAACACUUCCCAGGAAUUGGGAAUGCUAGUGUGGACUCGUUACUUGAAUUGCCCAUGCUAACUGAUUCUUUAGAGCAGGUGAAACAUUUUAAUGCAGUUCCAUUUCGAGAAUUGAUUAAAGAAGAUAUGUUUGAUGGGGUUAGUGCAGCUGGCUGUGGGGUGCCCACCAUAAGUCCAGAUGAAAUUCAUGCAUGUUUAUCUCCUGUGUUGGUGAAUCAACUUUUGAGACAAGAAAUUGGAUUCAAGGGGGUUGUCAUAAGUGAAUGUCUUGAAAUGGACGCCCUCCACCACUCAAUAGGAUUGGGUCAAGGGGUGAUAUUGGCAUUGUAUGCUGGUUGUGAUUUGAUAAUGGUUUGCCAUGAUGUCAAAUUGCAAGAUGAAGCUGUUGGAUCCAUGAAGAAUGCCCUACAAAAUGGUAAUCUUGACGAAGAAAUCGUGUUGGCUUCGUUAGCUAGAAUCGAAAAGCUACAAAAAAAGUUAUCCACCUGGAAACAAUUAUUCCCCAAUGGUGAAGAGUCUGCUAAGUCAGAAGAUUUAAAUCUUUUUAAAGAUACUCACAAAGACUUGUGGGAGGCCCAUCAACGAUUAUCAGAGACUGCUUACAAAGGUUCAAUAACCUUAGUGAGGGAUUAUACUGAUGCCUUACCCAUCACCAAGUUUUUGAACAAAACAAAGGGAUCCGCUUCACUGCAAGAUAAUACCAAUAACAUUCUUUUAUUGACUCCCUUGCUUAAUCCGAUCCCCCGAAGUCAUUCAGCACCUGAUCCUCAAUUGUAUAAUGGUGAAGAAGUCUUCAAGGAGCUAGGAAACAUGUUGGCUGAACAUCUGUUUAACAAGGGAUUUAAAAACCCAUACAAUGUUUUACAUACCACCUAUACUGCCAAUGGACUAACUUCACUCCAUGAGUCGUUAAUCGAGCAUGCCAAGAUUGUUAUUGUGGUGACAUCUGAAGCCUCUAGAAACAUGUACCAGAUAGGAAUUGUUAAGUACGUUUCAAUGCUUUGCGGAGCCAAUCCAUCCUCCUUUAAUAACGGGGGCCAAACAUAUACUCAGUUGGCUAAACCGUUGAUUUUAGUGGCCACAUCUUCUCCAUAUGAUUUUUUUUACAACAAGUCAAUCGGGAGUGCUUAUUUAUGUUGUUAUGAUUACACCAGUAAUGCAUUGAAACAACUAGUGAAAGUGUUAAUGGGAGAUGUCACAGCCGAAGGCUGUAUUCCAGGCGAAAAGAAGUAUAUUGGAAGAACUAAAAAGAGAAGUUAUCUAGAAGCCUCAAAGGACCUUACACCAAGGCCAAAGAAAAACAAUAUUCCAGUUAGAAGAUGGUUAGUUGAUGAAUUUGUAUUGGAUAGAGAUUGGGAUGGGUUGGUUACGCUCAUGAAGAAUAAUUUUGAGAACUCCACAAGCCCAUUGAGUGAUUAUUCACACAGCAAUAGUGACAAUUUUACUUCUAUUAAUUACCAAGAUGAUCUGUUCUACAAGAACUUCCAUAAAUUACUCGAAAGCACUAAGACUUUACAGAAACAUUUUGUGAUUAGAAACUCGUCUUUAAAUAUCCUUUACGGAGUGGUACUUACUUGGGUGGAUCAUGUUGCUGGAUCCAGCAAGACUGGAAGCAUCAUGUACAUUUUGGUCGAUAGAACCAAACGAGUUGAAAGCAUUGGGAAAAACUUGCACAACAGAGCAAUGAGGUAUCUCAUUAGAGAACAGAAGUGUGCAACUCUUACUUUGGGGGUGUCUUUGCCAUUAGUUUUAUUCCCUAAUGAGACUAACUUAUUAGGCUCCGCUUCAAACAGUCGGGUGAUUUCUUUCAUGAACAGUUUUGGAUGGAACCCUUCCAUCAGCAGACUCAACAAAAGAUAUAUUAUGAUGUUGGAUGAUCUUGAAAGAUGGCUGGUUCCAAAAAAGAUAUUCAGGGAGUUGAUGAUUGUGGGUGUUAGAUUCGAUAUUUGCAAUGAUGCCGACAAAGUGAUGAAUUUCAUCAACAAGAACAAUGAAGCUGCUAUCAACAAACAGUUGAGACGUGAAGCAUUGAAGGAUGAACUAGAACACACCAAGUCCUUAUACUUGAAAACCAUAAAGUACUUGAAAGAAGACUCAGGAGUCAAAAUUAUCAUCGCAUUGGAACCUUCUCAUCAGACUAUUAUUGGAAGCAUCAUACUUUUCUCUAACAAGUCACAAUUGGCAAAAUACUAUCCAUUUAUUGAUGAGGCCGGCAACGACCAAAGAAGUUCACCUGUGGCUUCCCCUUCUUCACCAAUUGUAGGAGGACUUGUUGCUCCUGUGAUCGACCUGUCAUACUCCAGCUUGACAGAAAUAUUCAAGUACGGAUUAAUUUGCAGUGGAAUCACACUUUUAAAAUCCAGCUUCAAUGAAGAACCCAUAAAUCGGUGCUUGAUGAUGGGUAUAAACGACAACAUUAACGGAAUCAAAGAGAUCGGAUUCCAAGAAUGGAAGUACUACUAUGAAAACUAUGACAAGCGCACGGAUGUGGGGGUGUUUGACCAGAAUUAGGGUUGCAAGUAUGUAUAUAGUAGAUGUAACAAUAAAUGAUUGCUCAACUCAGGUUGCAGUUUAUUUGGCUUGCUAAUAAUAGAGUAUUUUUUUAACUUCAUGCGCAUCGGCACUAGUAAUAUAAGCACAACGCAAGUAUUGUAAUCAAAAGCUUUCACGAACAUAUCUCUGUAGUUUGGGGUCACUAGAGAACGCAUACUGUUUGGAUGAGUACCGAAUGCCAAUGUUUUUCGGAAGAGCUAUGUUGCAAUUUUCCAUUUUGAAC